UUUUUUUUUUUUUUUUUUUUUAAUACACUUUAACACUGCUGAUACUGCUCCUUUAAGAGUUUAUCACAUAUCACAAAUUGCUGAUGCAGUCCCUAAAUGUCAUAGUGACAGUUUUAUUUUAACCCCCCCCCCACCUCUCUCACUACCACCUGCCAAAGUUAUAACACAGACAUUGGUAUUGAUUCUCCAAGAUAUUAAGCACUGGAAUUGUGCGAAUUAUCUGAAGCUAUUGAUCUGCAGGCUACAGUGCUGAAGCUGUUAUUGACAUGUGCACAGGGGGAAAAAAAAGCUUUGUAUGAAAACCCUCCCCUUCACUUAAAUAUUAUAAUAAAUGGAUCCUGUUUUCUCUUUGAACUUUGUAAAUAAAGCAUGCUAUAACAUGUUUAUUGAUUGCUUUCAGUGAAAAUAUUGCCUCUCUAUUGGGCUAAUAUUUGCUUCAGGUUAAAUCAGACAUGUCAAUGGAUGUGUUGUAUUCCAUAUGGAAUAGGAAUUCAAUGAUUUUCCAUCGAGUUGGCUCUGUAUAGAAUAACAACAAUUCCUUAACUAACUUCAACAGACUGACAGACAAUGCUGGAAUGUCGAUGACACCUGGAGUCAAUCGUGUGAGAUACAGGUUAGGUGAAGUCUUUCACUCUGCCCGUUAUUGGAAUCAGAUGUAGUCCAGUCAGUGGAGGGAAACUCCGGACCUAAUAGGCUGACCAUGAGCUCCAUGGUGUGUGACCGGUCAGUGCUAGGGUAGACUCCGUUAAGGCUUUGGUCAGUGCUAGGGUAGACUCCGUUAAGGCUUUGGAAUAUAAGGAAUAUGUUCUUGUGUAUGUAACAGGAAUGUGAUAGUAAUGUAACAGUGGCUUUUUCAUGGAGGAAUAUAGAACUGUACCUGUGUCCUCGUAACGAUGACUUCAGUGGACCUCCAUCUUCAGGGGAUAUUUAGACAGUACCAUCCUAUGAAUGAUGGCCUGGGCUCUGAGACCACAGAAGAGGUGGAGCCUCAGAAACAAAGGGUGAUCUAUGUCAACGCACCACAGCCUGUCAAAUAUUGCUACAACAAAAUCAGCACAGCCAAAUACAGUAUUUUGACCUUCCUCCCAAAGUUCCUGUUCGAACAGUUCAGAAAAUAUGCCAACAUUUUCUUCCUUUUUAUAUCAUUACUGCAGCAAAUUCCCACCGUGUCCCCCACUGGGCGGUACACCACAGCGGUGCCUCUACUGGUCAUCCUCAGUAUCUCAGCGGUCAAAGAAAUCAUUGAGGACUUUAAAAGACACAGACAGGAUGCUGAAGUUAACAACAGAGAAGUGUUAGUUUUACGUAAUGGAAUUUGGACAAAGGUCCACUGGAUGGAUGUCCUUGUGGGUGACCUUGUCAAGGUCACAAGUGGUCAGUUCUUCCCAGCUGACCUUAUAUUGUUAUCAUCUAGUGAACCACAAGCAAUGUGUUAUAUAGAAACUUCUAAUCUCGAUGGGGAAACAAAUCUCAAAAUCAGACAGGGCCUACCUCAGACCUCCAAACUUCUGACCCACAGUGACCUAUUAGAUCUCUCGGGUACAGUGGAAUGUGAGCUGCCAAACCGACAUCUGUACGAUUUUGUGGGCAACAUCAGGCCCUCAGGGAGAAUGGCCAUUCCUCUGGGACCAGACCAACUCUUACUCCGAGGGGCCAUGCUCAGAAACACCAAGUGGAUAUUUGGAAUUGUCAUUUACACUGGCCAUGACAGUAAACUAAUGCUGAACUCCACAUCAGCACCACUAAAGAGGUCUCAUGUAGAGAAAGCUACUAACAUACAGAUUCUGUUUCUGUUUGGAGUUUUGCUUUUUCUGGCCCUGGCAAGCACCAUCGCCAACAAGGUGUGGACCUCCUGGCAUGUCAACAAAGACUGGUACCUGGGAUAUCAAGAUUCUCCACCCAGUAACUUUGGCUAUAACUUCCUGACCUUCAUCAUUCUAUACAACAACCUCAUUCCUAUUAGCCUUCAGGUCACGCUAGAGGUCGUCAAGUUCAUCCAGGCCAUCUUCAUUAAUUGGGAUUUGGACAUGUAUCAUGCAGAGACAGACACCCCAGCCAUGGCUAGGACAUCUAACCUGAAUGAGGAGCUGGGACAGGUGAAGUACAUUUUCUCUGAUAAGACUGGAACACUGACUCGAAAUAUUAUGGAGUUCAAAAAGUGCAGUAUUGCUGGCAUAGCGUACGGAUGUGGUGAAGAUGAAGUGGAUGGCUUCAAUGACCCCACACUGACAGAGAACUUAAAACGCAGCCAUGUUACAGCUCCUGUCAUCAGGGAAUUCCUGACAUUAAUGUCCGUGUGUCACACAGUGGUACCAGAAAAAAACGGAGUGGAUGAUGCUAUAGAAUACCAAGCUUCUUCUCCAGAUGAGGGUGCUCUCGUGAAGGGUGCUAAAGAACUGGGCUUCUUCUUCAAAACCCGGACCCCUGAUGCAGUCACUGUGGAAGUGAAUGGACAAGAUGAAGUGUACGAGAUUUUGAAUGUUUUAGAAUUCACAAGCACCAGAAAGCGAAUGUCGGUCGUAGUGAGGACUCCCACAGGGGAAAUUAAGCUCUUCUGUAAAGGAGCAGAUACAGUUAUUUAUGAACGACUGGAUGACAAACAGAUGUACAGCGAUAUAACUAUCCAACACUUAGAGGAAUUUGCUUCUUUAGGUUUACGCACAUUAUGUAUAGCUUCAGCAAACGUAGCAGAGGAAUUCUACGACGAGUGGAAACACACGUAUUACAAAGCAAGUACCUCACUUCAGAACCGCGACAAAAAACUCGAGGAGGCAGCAGAACUUAUAGAAAGGAAUCUCACACUUCUUGGUGCUACAGCUAUCGAAGAUAAAUUACAGGAGGGUGUGCCAGAAACUAUCUCCAGUCUUUCUAAAGCAGACAUCAAAAUCUGGGUCCUUACAGGGGACAAACAGGAGACAGCCAUAAACAUAGGAUAUUCUUGCCAGUUGCUAACACAAGGGAUGCCACUCCUAAUCAUCAAUGAACACAGUCUGGAUGGGACGCGGGAGACCCUGAGGAAACACGUUCAGGACUUUGGAGAUCUGCUGUGUAAGGAAAAUGAUGUAGGCCUUAUUAUAGAUGGCCAGACUUUGGACUAUAUAUUUCCCACACACGAAUGCCUUAAAACGCCAAUCAAAAAGAUGCUAGGAAGAAAAAAGACUUUGAAGUAUGGCCUGUCAUGUGACUGUAGAAAGGACUUCUUAGAUUUAGCAGUGUCCUGUAAGGCAGUCAUCUGUUGUAGGGUGUCUCCUCUACAGAAAGCAGAAAUAGUUGACCUGGUAAAGGACUCUGUCAAAUCAAUCACACUGGCCAUUGGUGAUGGUGCUAAUGAUGUAGGAAUGAUACAGGCAGCACAUGUUGGGGUGGGAAUCAGUGGAGUGGAGGGACUCCAGGCAGCGUGUGCCUCUGAUUACGCAAUCGCUCAGUUUCGUUUCCUGAGUAAGUUGCUGCUGGUGCACGGAGCCUGGAGUUAUGCACGCCUGUGUAAACUUAUUCUCUACUCCUUCUACAAAAACAUUUGUCUGUAUGUCAUUGAGUUUUGGUUUGCCAUUAUGAAUGGAUUUUCUGGACAGAUUCUGUUUGAGAGAUGGAGUAUAGGUUUUUAUAAUGUGAUAUUUACGGCAGCCCCACCCUUGGCCAUGGGUCUGUUUGACCGUAUCUGUAGCUCAGAGAGUAUGAUGAAGUUUCCUGCUCUCUACAAGUCAUCUCAGAAUGCCGAACUCUUCAAUACGAAGGUGUUUUGGAUGUGGAUCUUUAAUUCUUUAUUUCACUCCAUUCUUCUUUUCUGGCUUCCAGUUCUUGCUCUUCAACAAGAUAUUGCGUUUUCCAAUGGACAAUCAGGGGGUUACCUCUUCCUAGGAAAUUUUGUUUAUACAUAUGUGGUGGUCACCGUAUGUCUGAAGGCUGGUCUCGAGACAAGUGCUUGGACUUGGCUGACACAUCUGGCUAUAUGGGGCAGUAUUGCUAGCUGGUUCCUAUUCCUUCUGGUAUACAGCCACAUCUACAUGAUAGUGGACCUCGCUCCAGAAAUGCUGGGCAUGGAUCUGGUGUACGGCUGCUCCAUCUUUUGGAUGGGACUACUUCUGAUUCCUUGUAUAUGUCUGAUUCGUGACGUGGCAUGGAAAGUAUACAAAAGGACAAUGCACAAAACACUGAAGGAGGAGGUGCAAGAGAAGGAGAAACUUCAUGAAGACCCAACGCCUGUCGUCAUUAGAAUGACCAAGAAAAGGCUGACGGAAACGGCUCGCCUGCUGAGGAACGUGUUUUCUCGAUCAUCCAACAGGAUGCAGACGGCAGCUGAGCAACCUCUACGAGGGAGUUUCAGGAGAAUUGAUGAUGGAUUUGCAUUUUCUCAAGAAGAGAAUGGUGUUUUAACUCAGGCUCAACUGAUACGAGUUUACGACUCAACCAAAAGCAAGCCAGAGGGUUUGUAACAGGUCAACAAGAGCAAGUCGUCUCCAGCCAUGAUGUGAAUUCAUCAUUUAUUUCAAUCGUGUGGAACUGAAAGGGACCAAGUGCAAUACACUGUCAUAAUUGUCUGUUCUAUACAUGUUCUGACUGCACAUUCCGGAAUUUUCAACCAAACUUAGAGACACAUACAUCCACAGGAAGUCUUUUCGUGGCUCCUCCCUCUAGGGUUAUUAAUUCUGACAGUCUGUACAUCGUUAAUUAAAUGUGCAAUACCUGACAUACAUUUUUGUUUGAAAAAUCAUCCACAGUUAUGAUAUCUUUUUAUUUUAUGUACAGUCAUGUAUUUAUGCACCAAGAACUUUUUUUCAGCUCUAGUCCAGUGGAGUAAUUAUUGAAAUACAUUAAUGAGCCUGAUGUUACUAGUCCAAAUUACACUACAAUAAAAAAAAAAAAAUAUGGAUCGGUGAUGAAAAUCAUGUAUUUCAACUUAGUUUAGUAUAUUCUGUCUGAGUGUUUUCUUCUGUCCAUUAGACCAGUUGAACAAGUGCUGACUAACCUUUACUCGCUUUGUACGGGUGUAACUGUAUUUUGGCUUUGGACUAUUACUUUUGGUCCACUCUGUAUAUAACUUGUGAUAGUGAUGUUCUAGAAGUAUAUAUGAAUACUUCUUGAAGUGAAGGGAUUGUUACAGCAGAUACUAGUUUAUGUGUCUGUGAGAUAGAAGGAACAGUAUGAAUCUUGUCUUCAUAUAUCUACAAUAACAAAAAUCUUGAAUUUUAUUUCUUCUGUGCUAUUUUUGUCGUCAACAUUAACAUAUACAGUAUUAAUUUAAAGCAUAGUAGUCAGUUUUUGUCUGCAAUGCAUAAAAACAUCACUCUAUUAUAAGUACUGCACAGUACACAUUCUGAAUCAAAUUUUAUACUUCAUCAGAGGCUAAUGUGGGAUUCUAUACUGCAUCAGAGGCUAAUGUGGGAUUCUAUACUGCAUCAGAGGCUAAUGUGGGAUUUUAUACUGCAUCAGUGGCUAAUGUGGGAUUCUAUACUGCAUCAGAGGCUAAUGUGGGAUUCUAUACUGCAUCAGAGGCUAAUGUGGGAUUCUAUGCUGCUCUGGACAUAAUUGAAUUGAUUGAAAUCUAGUUCUUGUUAGUGUAACAUAUUAUUGUAUAAAUUAACAACAUAAUGGAAAUACUGUAAGAUUUUUAAGGCUGUGGAUUUUUUUAAUGUGUCAGUGUGUUUGUUAAGUUUGUAAUGAGAAACAGAGUUCUGUAUCUCCAGCAUUGCAGCCUGUUGUGAUUUUUCUAUCUCGAGGAGAUACAGCACACCCAUCUCAAUCGUCAUUAAUGAAAACCUAAAGGAUAUGUGUAAUAAUGUACGUGAUCAAAAUUUGCUCCUUAUAGCAAGAAAUUGCAAAUUUAGUUCCAAUUAAAAGUUUUGGUAUUGAACAUACCAGACAUGUAUGAAAUAUUUACUGUAAAAAGGACAGAAUAUAUUUCAGAUUUUAUUUUCCUUUCUAUGGUGUACUUUUGCAUGAAAACUUGUGUUGUUACUCCUUACGUCUAUAUAUGGUGCAAAUAUUUGUAUCGCUUUCUUGUGUAUUUUUGUGAAUACUCAGUUUAUGUUACUACGCAAAAUUUAAUCAGUAGAAAACAUUUUCACCACAUAUACAAGUAUAUACUGAAGUCUAUGUUUUUACAGUGCAUUAUUUUAUUUUUUUAUUUUUUUAAAUUCUCUUUUAUAAUAGUAUGGUUUGUUACUUACAUGUAUUAUAUUGAUUAUUUGUAUUUAUUAUGUUAACAGUUAACAUGAUUACUGAUUGUGUUAACACUUAACAUAAUUAUGUUAAUACUAGCAUGAUUACUGAUUGUGUUAACAGUUAACAUGAUUACUGAUUGUGUUAACACUUAACAUAAUUAUGUUAAUACUAGCAUGAUUACUGAUUGUGUUAACACUUAACAUGAUUACUGAUUGUGUUAACACUUAACAUGAUUACUGAUUGUGUUAACACCUAAAAUUAUUAUUGAUUGUGUUAGCACUUAACAUGAUUACUGAUUGUGUUAACACUUAACAUGAUUACUGAUUGUGUUAACACAUAACAUGAUUACUGAUUGUGUUAACACUUAACAUGAUUACUGAUUGUGUUAACAUUUAACACGAUUACUGAUUAUGUUAACACCUAAAAUUAUUAUUGAUUGUGUUAACGCUUAACAUGAUUACUGAUUGUGUUAACACUUAAUAUGAUUACUGAUUGUGUUAAAACUAACAUGAUUAUUUGUGAUUUUAACACUAACAUGAUUAUUUGUGAUUUUAACACCAACAUGAUUUGAUAUUGGGUUAUGUUAAUAUAACAUGAAUAUGAAUUGUGUUAUCAGUAGCAUGCUCAUUGAUUGUAUUUAGUAAAAGGAUACUAGCAUGGCUAUUGAUAUCACAAACGUGAUCAUUGUGUUAUAUCAUUGUGUAGUAUAUAAUACUAACAUGAUGAAUUCAUUGUGUUAAUUAUAACACUAUGAAUUGAUUAUGUUGACACCAACACGAUAAAUUGAUUAUGUUAAUUGUGACAUGAUAAAUUGAUUAUUGUAAGGUUUCUUUUGGAGUUGUGUAAUAUAUUACAAUGAAUUUUGUCAAAUAUAAACUGGCAUUCAUCAUGCAACAAGUGAUUCAGAAAUUCCAUUCAUUGCAUCAACAUUUUUUAUUGGUUUGACGUGGUGGAAGUAUGGUAACAUCAAGAAAGGCUUGACUUGUUCUGUAGAAAUCCACUCUCAGGACAAAAGAUUUCACUCUAAUACAAAAGUUAUGUAAUUUGCAUUUUGAUUGGCUAAUGCACUGAUGUUUAAGGGAAUUCAAUGAGAGUUUACAAGACGCAAAGAUCUUAUUCAAUAUUGUGACAAUUUAGAGGAAUGGCACACAAAGCUUAGACAUGUCAUAAUGCAUUUUAUCUAAAUCGUAAUGAAACAACAGCUAUAUGGCUAUAAAGAAAGUGGUAUACAAUAGAUAAUCUCUAGUCUCUCUUCAUAUUCAAGUCAUUAAAGCUGAAUACCUGAUAUUUACAACCUGAAGUCAUCAUCCAACUUAAAUAUCCUAUAAGCAGACAUUUUAGUGAGGAUUUAAUUUUGGUAUUAUUAGUGAGGAUCGCUAAAACGGAAUAAUUUAUUCCAUACCAUGGGCAAUAGAUAUCUUUCUUGGAAUUAUAUAGUUGCUAUAAUUAGCUCAUUAAAUGAUAUACCCAUUUAAAACUUAUGAGAAAAUCACUAAAUUUGUCUCUUGCUAAAAAUUACACCUAUACACUAUAACAAAUUUAAUUUGGCUCUGUGGUUGUAUGAUAUAAGUAUCAUGCUCUUUUACAUCUUAGAAUUCUGUUACUAAAUUUUAAGUUAAUUCAAAAUUGUUAUACAUGCACAUUGUACUACCAGGAACCUGAUUAUAUUAGAUCCUUAGUGAUAGUACUGUCUAUGUAGCAGUUUUUCUUUGAAUACAGAUUUAUGCCCAGGUUUAAAUGCAGUGCUGUGGAUUUGAGUCUAGCAGUACUGUGGAUUUAAGUCUAGCAGUACUGUGGAUUUAAGCAGACUGGAACUCCUUUAGUUUAUGAAAGAUUAUAUAAACAAGUUAUAUAGUGCAACAUUUUAUAUUGUGACUGUUACACUUCAAUAAUUGUUAUUGAUCUUGGUGAUAGAAAUGUUCACAUUAUGUACCUAACAAUUCCUAAUCAGCAUGGACUAUUUCUAGUGGUGAUUGUUUAUGGACUAUUUCUAGUGGUGAUUGUUUUAGGUGUCAACUGAAUGGGUGACUUGUUCUUCCUUUCAACUUUCAGAAAUUUGAAGUAAUGCAUCCUCUGUCUCGAGAUGUUAAUGAAUCCAUGCCAACGCAGUAUUUUUCUUUGUAGAUCAUCAGAAAGUAUUUUACAUCCUAGCUAUUAUCUAGGUAUCAUACAUUUCACAAUUUAUAAACUUUUAAAUGUGGACAUAUAUGGAGUUGACAUUCCUGACUGUCUAUAGUUUUGGUGGUGUUUCUUCUGAAAUGUGAACUUAGUAUUUAAAAUUUCAUUGUGUAAUCUGAAACGAUGCUAUUAUGUAUGUUGAUUUUACGUCUUAAGUGUUGAUGAAACAAAAUAAACAAUCCGGGACAUCAACAUAU